AGGAAGACAUGGAACUCGCCGCCGCCGCCGCCGCCUUGUCCGUGCUGCUGCUGGCCGCGCUCGUGGCAGCGGCUCCGCCUGACAAGUAUAACGCGCGCUACGAUCACACGGACGUCGACGCCGUCCUCAGGAACCAGCGCGUCCUCGCCUCGUACAUCAAGUGCAUGCUGGACACCGGCCCGUGCACUCCCGAGGGUAGAGAGCUCCGCAAGCACAUGCCCGAGGCGCUGAGGACGAACUGCGACAAGUGCACAGACGCGCAGAAGAAGAUCGUGCGCAAACUGUCGCUGCAUGUUCGGGAGCACCAGCCAGUCCAGUGGGAGCUGCUCAGCAAGAAGUUCGACCCACAGCAGCGGUACCACGAGAGCUUCCAGAAGUUCCUCGACGCCGCUGCUUAGCGGCGAGUUCUGCUCUCUGGAACCCCGCAUCGCACUGCCAUUCCCGCUGCACACUGCACACGUCUGUCCCGGGUUUGCAUGGAUCUGCCACUGGUGUCACAUAUGGCACAUUCUCUCCUUUCUCUCUUGUCGUCCUUUCCAGUGCUCAGCAUUUUAUGCAACAAGAACCUAUAUAAAACUGCCCCAUGCACACUUCUCCACCGCCCGCUGCACAUCUUACUUUGUCUUUUACUUCCAGCGCAAAAUUAACAUCUGCUGCUUCACAUGAACUGUUAUGCAGUUUAGUUUCAGUCCUUCAACAUAGAUGUGUUCUGCAUUAAUACAGAUUCAGGAAUUAUACGUCACCUGGCGGCCAAUUUUAUUGGUUCCAAGACAUAUUCAUUUCUGUUGCGGAUCGUAUAUUAUCAGUACCCAAAGAUUCAACAAGUUAGCUAUUCUUUUUUUGUCAUGAAAUAACACGCCAAUUUCUGCGAAAAUCAUUCAUAUUUUCGUUUUUCCGCUUACGUAAUCACUAGAAAAGUCGUUAUUUAAAUUGCACUUUUUAUUUUGUAUUUAUUGUUCAUCGUGGUUGUGAAAUAAAAUAUUUCUAUGAACAAUUACUUACUCUUUUAUCGACUGAAUGAAUGCAUUAAACUGUGC